AUGGACGAGCAGAGCAGGACGGGCGGUGAAGCGCGGGUGCGGUACGGAGUGGUGGGGAGCGGCAUGAUGGGCGUGGAGCACAUCCACAACCUCGCCGCCAUGGCGGCCCGCCCCGACCUCACGGGCGGCGUGGCCGCGCAGCUCGUGGCGCUCGCCGACCCCCACCCGCCCUCGCAGGCCGCCGGACUCGCCGCCGCUGCCCGCGCCGGCUGGACCGACGUGCAGGUGCGCGCUGGGGGGGGUGGGAGAGGAGGAGGGGGCGUCUGGGGGAGGACUUUGAUUAGCACGGGUGAUGGCGACGAAUGCGUGUUCCCCGACGUGCACAGCCUGCUGGCGAGCGGGUCAUGCGAGGUGGACGCGCUGGUGGUGGCGGCGCCCAACAUGACGCACGCCGCGCUGCUGCAAGCCAUCCUGCGCCACCCGCGCCGCCUGCACGUGCUGGUGGAGAAGCCCCUCGCCACGACCGUGCAAGGCUGCGACCUCGUGUUGGCGCUGGCAGCGGCGCGGGCGCGGGCAGCGGCGGGGGUGGUGCAGGUGGGGCUGGAGUACCGCUUCAUGCCGCCCGUGGCGGCGCUGCUAAGGGAGGUGCGGGGGGGCGCCGUGGGGCGAGUGCACAUGGUGGCCAUCCGCGAGCACCGCUUCCCCUUCCUCCACAAGGUGGGAGCGUGGAACCGGUUCAAUGCCAACAGCGGGGGCACGCUGGUGGAGAAGUGUUGCCACUUCUUCGACCUCAUGAACCUCAUCCUCCACGACACGCCCACACGCGUCAUGGCGUCGGGUGGGCAGAGCGUCAACCACCUCUCCGAGGAGUACCAUGGCAAGGUGGGCGGCAAGGUGUCGGACAUAUUGGACAACGCGUACGUGAUCGUGGAGUACCAGGGGGGCGGCAGGGCUUGUCUGGACCUCUGCAUGUUCGCCGAGGGGUCGCGCAAUGAGCAGGAGAUAUGCGUGGUGGGGGACAGGGGCAAGGUGGAGGCGCUGGUCCCCGAAGGCAUUGUGCGCGUGGGCAGCCGUGAAGGGGGCAGGCAGGGCGUGGUGACUCGUACGUGCAGCGAUGAGCGCAUUCAGUACGAGGGGCUGCACCACGGGGCGAGCUUCAUCGAGCACCUGGAGUUCCUGCGUGCCAUCACACAGGGGGGGGAGGGGCCAUCGCAGCAGCUGGUGGGGCUGGAGGAGGGGCGCCUGGCCGUGGCCAUGGGAGUGGCGGCACACGUGUCCAUCAACACCGGUCGCCCCGUGCUGCUGGCUGAUGUGCUCUCACAAGCAGCCGUGUGGUUGCCAGGCGUGGAAGGCGAGGCAGAGGCCCUUGCCAGCGAGGCGCAUGGUUGA